AGGGAAUGAUCCUGCUGCUCACCAGGGGGAUCCACGGUGGCUUCCUGACGUCCGCUUCAAGGAAGUCCGAAAGUUAGCCUACUUACCGAUCGUUAAUUUAUUAUUUUUUAAAAUAAUCCAGUAGGCUGACUCGUGAUGUCUGGCGAACAGCAGGAGGGAAAGGAGGCUAUGAACACGUACUCUAUAAACCUCAGCGGCCCAGCGCCUUGGGGCUUCAGGCUGCAGGGUGGCAAGGACUUCAGCAUGCCCCUCACCGUGUCAAGGCUGACCCCGGGUGGGAAGGCGGCUCAGGCCGGUGUCGGGGUUGGAGACUGGGUGGUGUCCAUCGGUGACACCAAUGCAGAGGACAUGACCCAUGUGGAGGCACAGAACAAGAUCAGAGCGGCAACAGACUCCCUCACCCUCACCCUCAGCAAAGCUUUCAAAACGGGUGGAGAUCAGAAGGACUCGCUUGCUCCGGCUUCUGUUCAGCCAAAGUACUCCUUUGCCCCCAGCACAACCAUUAACAAGAUGGCGAGGCCAUUUGCAGCAGGUGGUGGUAGUGCCAACUCAGGACCUGUUAUUAAACCUGUUGCCUACUCGCCUAAACUUAACACUCCCCGCUCACAGGGCCGUGCCAGUAUGCAGCAACCACAGAAUGGCCUUGAGCCAACUCCCUCACCUGCCAAGACACCGGCAGCAGAUAAACCAGAUGGCACCAAGACUGCAGCUGCGGCAGCAGGCAGUUCGGGUACCUCCAGUCGACCACCGUGGGUCACCGACCCUACGUUCGCCGACCGCUUUCGCCCGGACAAGACCAGCACCGUGGUGACCCAGCACCAGCAGCCGGCCCAGCCGACACCCAUGCAGAACCGCAGCUCCAUCCUGCAGGCAGCACAGCAGGCACCUGAAGACAGCGGGAGGACCCCAGUGUGUGGCGCCUGCAACAAAAUCAUCAGGGGUCGGUACUUGGUAGCGCUGGGACGUUCUUGGCACCCGGAGGAGUUUACGUGCUCACAGUGUAAGGCGGUCCUGGACGAGGGGGGCUUCUUCGAGGAGAGAGGGUCCGUCUAUUGUACCAAGUGCUACGAUAACCGAUACGCUCCUAACUGUGCCAAGUGCAAAAAGAAGAUCACGGGGGAAAUCAUGCAUGCGCUGAAGAUGACCUACCAUGUUCAGUGUUUCAAGUGUGCGGCCUGCAAGACUCCCAUCAGGAACCAAGCUUUUUACAUGGAGGAGGGCGAGCCCUACUGUGAGAGAGACUAUGAGAAGAUGUUUGGCACCAAAUGCCACGGCUGUGACUUUAAGAUUGAUGCCGGCGAUCGGUUCCUGGAGGCCUUGGGCUACAGCUGGCACGAUACAUGCUUCGUCUGUGCUCUCUGCCAAAUCAACCUGGAGGGGAAGACGUUCUACUCGAAGAAGGAUAAGCCCCUGUGCAAAGGCCAUGCUUUUGCUCCAGUGUGAGAGAUCAAGCUUCAUCUUCAGAGGAAGGAACACUUCUCUGUCUCCCUCCUCUUUACCCCCUUCCACCCUCCGGCACUCUUGUACACACUCUACAUCUCCAGCCAGCCACACACCUAGUUAAACUCAGUCUAUUUUUCUAUCCUGCAGACUUUGUUUCUACACCGGAGGCUUAAUGCUAGCUUCAUAUAGUGUUACUUUACUGUGCUGUUAGGACAGUUCAGAUGUUACUACCUGUAAUACCAAAUGCUGAGUUGUGUAACUGGAAGUAGUCAAGGAAUUAUUUAAUAUCAUGCCACUAACUUGUUGACUUUUAAAUCGGACAUUGAAAAAUGCAGCUGAAGUGGAUCUAGAUUUGAUGACUGUCGGCGAAAAAUUCUCACGACUUGACUGAUCUCAUCCUUGCUCAGGCUGAGGUCAGAUCAAGUCAGUAUCCUCCAGGUUGGAAGAGUCAUUGAGCCUCUAAUGAUGUCACAUAUUGCAGUAAUGAUCCAUCACUACUCCCACACUAAGCGAGGAGAAGUGGUGGCCCCAUUCAGGGCCCUGGCCCACUCACUGCCUCUCACCGCGGUGCCUAUUAACAUAAUGGGGGUCCAGUCGAGCAGAAACGGAGGGGGUGGGGGGAAUGUCCCAUUUCUGCUUGACUGGACCUCUCCACAGAAGCACUAACUGCUUAACUUAUCACUUUAGCUCUGACAAAUCAGUGCACAUGCUACAGGUAAUUACUGUAAUUUUGAAUUAUGUAAUAAUCCUUAAUUGAUCUAAUUUUAAUUGUCACAUGUGGGGUGAUGGAGAAAGGGCUGUUAAUGUUUUUAAAUGUUUGACACUCCUAAGGUAAGGAGAAGUGUCCCAGCUAUGAAAUGAUCAUCAUUAAUUGGACAUUUUAACGUAAGGAAAAUAAAAAGUCCCCUGAUGUUACUAUGAUAUUGUGAUUAUUCCUUAGAGUACUUUCAAGCCAUUGUUGAAUAUGUAUUUAUAAUGCUUCAGAAUGGGCCUGUAAGUGUUGUUUUUAUUGUUGCUGGAUGUUUCAAAUAAAAUUAUUUAGUAAUGCCAUGUGCUGGGACAGAACACUCUGGGUUGAAGUGUUUUUUGGAAGCGAACCCAUCUGUAAGAUUAUCUGUCGACUGAUGUUUUGGUCGUCCUCGCUGUCACUAACACCUGCUCCCCAACAACACGACAAUGGACUUUCAUUUGUUGUAGUACUUAUUGUUGAGUACAAGAAGUGCCUUUUUUUUUUUUUUAAAUCAAGCUUUACA